CCGAGGAAGAAGGAUGUUGUGUUUUUUGAUACUCGCGUUUUCCCAAUUUUACAGCUUGAUAACUGGAUUGUCAAUAAAAGGACCACAUUCUUUUGUUAAAAGUGAGGUGGGUUCUUUUCUAAAGCACGGACCAUGGCAGCACACCGAUAUGUCUGCCUCCCUUAGUGGUCCAAUAGUCCUGACUCUUCAGUCCAAAUACAAGUUAUUCGGAGGCCUUGUCUUUUCAAAAUUUCCUGAAAAGUUUAAAGAUUGUUCUGAGAUUUUAAAGAAGAAGCCUCACAGAAGAAACAGAGAUGGCGUGUACACAAUCUAUCCUAGUAGUGGAACCAAACGAAAGGUGUACUGUGACAUGACGACAGACGGAGGGGGAUGGACAGUAAUACAGAGAAGAAUGGAUGGAACAACAGAUUUUCAGAGUAAGAAAUGGAAGAACUUUGCUGAAGGAUUCGGUCACCCUAAACAUGAAUAUUGGUUUGGUAAUGAUGCUGUCCAUGCAUUAACAACGGGAGGAAAAAUGAAAUUAAGAAUCGAUUUGCAGAGGUUCACUGGCGAGAAAGGAUUUGUUUACUACUCAUCUUUUGUUGUCGGAAGUAAAUCAGACAAGUACAAGUUAACCAUUGGAGGAUACAAAGGAUCAUUUGGCAUGAAGGAUAGUUUUUCUUAUCAUAAUGGAAUGAAAUUUUCUACAAAGGAUAAUGACAAUGAUAAAUGGGGCAGCAAUUGUGCUGCUUCUUACGGCAAUGGAUGGUGGUUCAAUACGUGUCACCAUUGUAAUCUCAAUGGAAUAUACUACAAGAAACGGACAUCAUCUUCUGCAGGAAUGACUUGGCUUUACUGGGGAUCUACGAGUUCUUGGGAUUCAUUAAAAUCUUCAAAAAUGAUGAUUAAACCGAAGUAAUAAUUUAAUUUUUACAAUU